AUGAAAUCAAUUUUCAUUCGGCAGUCUUCGUUUUGGAGUCGUAUUUAUUACGCAACGGAAAUUGCAAAUUUUAAAUUCGUAGUAUUCAGAUUCGCUAUUUCAGUAUCAAGCGAAAAAGGCAAGUGCAACAACGCAAAAAAAAUGUUCUCCCUUCUCGAACUGCCACCACAAGAAGAUCCAAAUCCUCUGCCACUGACUAGCAGUCCAUGGCCCAUCCUGAUAAUACUAGCUGUAUAUAUGCUAUUCGUGCUGAAACUUGGCAAGAUACUUAUGAGAAAUCGAGAACCAUAUAAACUACAGCGAGUGUUACGUAUCUACAAUUUGAUUCAGGUGGCCUACAAUGGCAUCUUCUUUGGAGUGACAUUUUAUUAUUUGGUUGUGCGGGUUAUUUGCAAUCCACGCUGCAUGGAGACAUUUCCCUUUGGACAUGAGCACAAAAAUCUCGAGCGUUAUGUGCACUUUGCAUAUUUCUUCAACAAAAUUCUUGAUCUGCUGGACACCGUGUUCUUUGUGCUGCGCAAGAAAUACAAACAGAUCAGUUUCUUACAUGUCUACCAUCAUGCCAUCGUCUUGUUCAUAUGCUAUGCAACGAUGCGAUUUUAUGGAACAGGCGGACACCUCAAUUCCGUCGGAUUGCUCAACUCCUUUGUGCAUGCUGUGAUGUAUUUCUAUUACUUUCUAUCCGCUGAGCGGCCUGGUGUCAAGGCCAGCAUCUGGUGGAAGAAGUAUAUAACGAUAAUUCAGCUUAUUCAAUUUGUUCUCGCCUUCAUUCAUGCCUCCUACGUAUUGAUCUUCUCCCGAGGAUGUGGCUACCCACGCUGCUUAUUGAUUUUGCUGGAUGUUCAAGCGCUAGUCUUUAUGUUCAUGUUUGGUAAAUUCUAUUAUAUCACCUACAUUAGAACAGCACAGAAAAAGCAAAAGCAGAGCUAGACGACAAAGUUCAGUUGAUUAAAGCUAAACAUUCAAAAUGCAAUCGCAUUGAACCUGGGUGCAUUAUAAUCCACACCGGAGUAGCUCAGUUGGAUAAGCUUUAAGUAUGUUACAUAAGACCAUUUACUCAAUUUGUAAAUAAGCUUCUACUGCAUUGAUUUUGCAUUAUAAUUAAACUCGAUGUAUAUAUAAAUUCACAACUC